GGUGUCUCUGCCGUUGCGGCCUGGGCCGGAGCAGCAGGCCUCACCGCGGGCGCCGCUCCGCUCCGCUCCGCUCCGCUCCGCUCCGCUCCCCUCCCCUCCGGCGCGGUCGGUCCCCGGCUGGCCGACCCGCCCGCCGACGCGAGUAGCCCUCGCCGUGCGGCCCCGAGCAGGCCUUCCCCGGCGUGGAGACGCGACCGUCGCCCUCGUCGCCCGCCCUCGAUGGAGGAGGCGCUCGCCGGGCGCGGAAAUGACCGACCACGAGAACAACAACAGCAUCUCCAGCAACCCCUUCGCCGCCCUCUUCAGCUCCGUCGCCGACGCCAAGCAGUUCGCCGACAUCCAGAGGCAGCAGCCCCCGCCGCCCGCAGUUGAGGAAACCUCAGCCAGCCAAGAUGAUUCUGACAACAGCGUGUCUGAGAGUUUGGAUGACUGUGAUUAUUCAGUGGCUGAGAUUAGCCGCUCCUUCCGUUCCCAGCAGGAGCUCUGUGAACAGCUCAAUAUCAAUCACAUGAUCCAGAGGAUCUUCCUGAUCACGCUUGACAACAGUGACCCCAAUCUGAAAAGCGGUAAUGGAAUUCCUGCACGCUGUGUGUACCUGGAAGAGAUGGCAGCAGAUCUGGAUGACCAGGACUGGCUGGACAUGGAGAAUGUGGAACAGGCACUCUUCACCCGACUUUUGCUCCCAGAGCCAGGAAAUCACUUGAUUCACAUGACCUCAGCCAUAAUGCAGAAUCUCUCGGCAGAACGAGAUGCAGGGGAGAAACAUAUUCUUCGCUACCUCUUUGCCUGCUUCCAGAGGGCAAAGGAGGAGGUUACCAAAGUACCAGAAAACCUGUUGCCCUUUGCAUUGCGCUGCCGGAACCUGACUGUGUCCAACACUCGCACAGUCUUCCUCACCCCAGAGAUCUAUGUCAACCAGAAUGUCUAUGAGCAGCUUGUGGACUUGAUGCUGGAGUCCCUGAGAGGAGCUUACUUUGAAGAGGUAGCUGAAUUCCUGGAGGAUGUCAUAGAGGUCAUCACCGUGGAUGAGGAAGUGCGGACGUUUGAGGAGGUCAUGGUGCCGGUCUUCGACAUCCUCUUGGGGCGGAUUCGAGAACUGCACCUUUGCCAGAUUCUACUGCACUCCUAUCUGGACAUGCUGCUCUACUUCACGAGGCAGAAGGAUAUAGCCAGAGUUUUUGUUGACUACAUCCAGCCAAAGGACCCAACCAAUGGUCAGUUGUACCAGAAGACUCUGCUUGGAGCUGUCCUGAGCAUUUCAUGCUUGCUGAAGACCCCAGGUGUGGUAGAGAACCAUGGCUACUUUCUGAACCCCUCGCGGUCCAGCCCUCAGGAGAUCAAGGUGCAGGAGUCCAACAUUCAUCAGUUCAUGACUCAGUUCCAUGAGAAGAUCUACCAGAUGCUGAAGAACCUGCUGCAGCUGUCGCCACAGACCAAACACCAGAUCCUAUCCUGGCUUGGGAACUGCCUCCAUGCCAAUGCAGGCCGCACCAAAAUCUGGGCUAACCAGAUGCCGGAGAUCUUCUUCCAGAUGUAUGCCUCGGAUGCUUUCUUCCUGAACUUGGGAGCUGCCCUCCUCCGGCUCUGCCAGCCCUUCUGCAAGCCCCGAUCACCUCGACUUCUCACAUUUGAUCCCACCUACUGUGCUGUGAGGGAGCUGAAUGAGGAAGAGCGGAAGAGCAGGAAUGUGCACCUGAAAGGUUUGGACAAAGAAACCUGCUUGAUCCCAGCUCUGACUGAGCAGGAGCCAGAAUUUGCUCCCAGCUACAACCUGGUGACAGAGAACCUGGUGCUGACACAGUACAGCCUUCAUUUAGGAUUUCACAGGUUGCACGACCAGAUGAUCAAGCUCAACCAAAGCCUCCACCGCCUCCAGGUGGCCUGGCGAGAGGCUCAGCAGAGCUCCAGCCCUACAGCGGACAACCUUCGGGAGCAGUUUGAGCGCCUGAUGACCAUCUAUCUCUCCACUAAAGCGGCCAUGACGGAGCCACAGAUGCUGCAGAACUGUCUCCACCUGCAGGUGUCCAUGGCGGUUCUCCUGGCCCAGCUGGCCAUUGGAAACAACGGGACCGAGCUGGCUGACUUGGUGUUCCCCUUGCCAGAGGUGGAGAACAGCAUGCUGGCUUAUGUCCCAGAAUUCUUUGCUGAUAACUUGGGUGACUUCUUCAUCUUCCUGCGUCGCUUUGCCGACGACCUCCUGGAGACGUCUGCCAAUUCCCUGGAGCACAUUCUCCAUUUUGUGACUAUCUUCACUGGGGAUGUUGACAGGAUGAAGAAUCCACACCUGAGAGCCAAGCUGGCUGAAGUGCUGGAGGCCGUCAUGCCCCACCUGGACCCAGUGCAGAACCCCCUUGUCUCGAGUGUCUUCCAUCGCAAGCGCGUCUUCUGCUCCUACCAGCACGCUGCCUACUUGGCAGAGGCUCUGAUCAAGGUCUUUGUGGACAUUGAGUUCACGGGGGAUCCACAUCAGUUUGAGCAGAAGUUCAACUACCGCAGGCCCAUGUACCCCAUCCUCAGGUAUAUGUGGGGUACUGAUUCUUACCGGGAAAGCAUCAAGGCCCUGGCUGUCUAUGCUUCAGAGAACCUGGAAGCCACAAGUCCCCCGCUCUUCUUGCGCUUUCUCAACCUGCUCAUGAAUGAUGCUGUUUUCUUGUUGGAUGAGGCAAUACAGUACCUAAGUAAGAUCAAGGUACAGCAGAUCGAGAAGGACCGGGGCGAGUGGGACAACCUGUCCGCCGAGGCACGGCGUGAGAAAGAGGCCAGCUUGCAGAUGUUUGGGCAGCUGGCUCGCUUCCACAACAUCAUGUCCAAUGAGACCAUUGGGACCCUGGCCUUCCUGACCUCAGAGAUCAAGUCCCUCUUUGUGCACCCUUUUCUGGCCGAGCGCAUCAUCUCCAUGCUGAACUAUUUCCUGCAGCACCUGGUGGGCCCCAAAAUGGGUGCCUUAAAGGUCAAAGACUUCAGCGAAUUCGACUUCAAGCCCCAGCAACUUGUGUCCGACAUCUGCACCAUCUACCUGAACCUGGGGGAUGAGGAGAACUUCUGUGCUACAGUGCCUAAGGAUGGGCGAUCGUAUUCUCCAACUCUGUUUGCUCAGACAGUCCGAGUCCUGAAGAAGAUUAACAAGCCUGGUGACAUGAUUGUGGCAUUCACCACUCUGGCAGAGCGGAUCAAGUCCCUUGCAGACCGCCAGCAGCAGGAAGAGGAGACCUACGCUGAUGCCUGUGAUGAGUUCCUGGAUCCCAUUAUGAGUACCUUAAUGAUGGACCCCGUGCUGCUGCCUUCCUCCAGGGUUACUGUGGACAGGUCAACCAUUGCCAGGCACCUCUUGAGUGACCAGACUGACCCUUUCAAUCGCAGCCCACUCACCAUGGACCAGAUCAGACCAAAUAUGGAACUGAAGGAGCGGAUUCAGCAGUGGCUGGCAGAGAGGAAGAAGAAGGCGCAGCCUGGGGGGAUGCCCUGACCGGGUGUGGCUGAUGCUGCUGGGCCUCCGCUGCCCCCAGGGCGCUGGAGCAGGCGGCCCGGCCCUCAUUAGGCACCAGUGGGGAAAUUGGGCCAGGGCAGGAGCGCAUCUCUAGCUCCUGCCUCUCUUCUUGCCCUCGGGACUUGGUCCUGCUGCCCCCUUGCCACUUGGAUUUGCCUGCUGCCCUGGGCUUACAGCAGCUGCCGGCCUGAAAGCUCUUUCCAGACUGGUUUCCAUUCUAUUGUUGCAGCAGCUUUUGUGGCAGAAGCUUCUUUUCUGUUUAAGGUGAAAGCAGAAGCAGUGUCAUCCUCUGUGGGCAGGGCUUGCUUUAUGCAAAUCCAUCCUGACCUGUAAGUCAAAUGCUCCUCAGAGGCAGAGCCGUCUUUGGGUGGAAGACGCCGUGGCAAAGAGGCUGGGCAGAGUCGUGCCAUAGUAUUUCCAUUGCUCUCCCCGCCAGAGCCUGAGCUUACGGUCUCCAGGGCCUUUGUUCUUGCUAGUAGUGGCCACACCCUGGGCAAGCACUGCAUACCUGUUCAUGCAGGUGCCCUCUCAGUCCUGCCCACACUUUGCCUGCCGCAUGUAUGUAUGCAGUGUGUAUAUAGUAUAGCAUUUACUGUAGAUCAAUAAAUGUGUCCGUUGCCCAUGUU